AUGGGUGCUGCUGGGGAUGCGGAUGACAACUGCUAUGGCGAGAAAGCCGCUGGCCCCGGCAAUAGCGACAUCUACGUCCAGCUCGUCAUCUCUCUCGCUUUGGGCACGUCGGCCUUCGUCGCCUUUUGUAUCCUCCGACCGAGGUGGAAGACGCUCUACGCCGCUCGAAGACGGCACCACGAUCCUCAAAUCGCGAUACCCCUACUGCCCGACAGUUUCCUAGGAUGGAUCCCAGCACUGUACAGGGUGACCGAGGAGCAGGUGCUGGCAUCUGCAGGGCUAGAUGCCUUUGUGUUUCUAUCCUUCUUCAAGAUGUCCCUCCGCUUGUUCGCUACCAUGCUCGUCUUCGCCGUCGCAAUUCUUUGGCCCAUACACCAUAUCUUCGACGCCGAUGCGACGCCGCGACCGCUCCCCGGCGACCCGUCCGCAAACGUCUCGGUAUAUUUAACCUUCACGCAUCAGCCCGGGACUCAGACCAGCAUCGCGGAGCACCCGGAACCCGAAGAUAAGAGUGGGACGUAUCUACGGGCCUACCUGGUUUUCACCUGGAUCUUUUCCCUCCUUACAUUGUAUUUCAUGAAUUCAGAAACUGUCAAAGUCAUCAAAGUAAGACAGGAGUACUUGGGGACCCAGUCGACGAUAACCGACCAGACCUUCCGAUUGACGGGUAUUCCGGCCGAUCUCAAAUCGGAGGAGAAAAUCAAAGGGUUUAUCGAAAACCUGGAAAUUGGCCACGUUCGGAGCGUCACAUUAUGUCGAAACUGGGCCGAGAUCGACGCCUUGGUGGCCCAGCGGCAAAAGAUUCUGUGUAAACUUGAAGAGGCAUGGAGCGCGUACAUUGCUCAGCCGUCAGCCACUCGGUCUGGGAACGAUGCGCAACAACACAGGACAACGGGUGCAGAUGAAGAAGAUGUCGGCGACGAGGGAGAGCCUCAAGAGGAUGACCAACUCGUCGCCGGCGACCGCCUGCGACACCUUCUCACGGAGAGGGAGCGGCCUAGGAUUCGACUCCGGUUCGGCUUUCUCAAGAUGAGGAAUCGCAAGACCGACGCCCUUGAUUAUUACGAGGAGAAGUUGCGCCGCCUCGACGAGAAGAUUCGCGCCGCGAGAAAGAAAGACUACGUGCCCGCCGAUACAGCAUUUGUGACGAUGGAUUCUAUCGCAGCGUGUCAGAUGGCUGUUCAGGCGACCGUGGACCCGAGGCCGGGACAGCUUCUCUCCAAGCCAGCGCCGGCUCCGUCCGACGUGGUCUGGAAGAAUACGUACGCCCCGCGAUACAAACGGCGACUGAAAUCCUGGGCUAUUACGAUAUUUAUUACCUUUCUGUCCAUCAUCUGGCUUCUUCCCGUUGCGCUAAUGGCGCAGCUGCUCAGUAUUUGCAGUAUCUCGAAAGUUGCCCCGCCCGUCGCGGAUUUCCUCUUGCGGCACGAAAUCACCAAAGCCCUCGUACAAACGGGAUUGCCCACGCUCGUAGUCUCAUUGUUGAACAUCCUGGUCCCAUAUCUAUACGAUUACCUUUCCAAUUCCCAGGGCAUGGUAUCGCAAGGUGAAGUGGAACUAUCCGCGAUAUCGAAGAAUUUCUUCUUCAUCUUCUUCAACAUCUUCGUCGUGUACGCCGUCUCCGGUAGCGCCGCGCUCGCCGAGUUCUGGACGAUAAUAAGAGAUUCUCUCGUCGACACGAGGACGAUCGCAAAGCAGUUGGCUAUCUCUAUCCAGAAUCUGAACAAGUUCUACCUCAACUUCAUCAUGCUUCAAGGUCUCGGCCUGUUCCCAUUCAAGCUUCUACAGUUUGGGAGCAUUUCGCUUUACGUCAUCUAUCGGAUGGGGGCGAAGACGCCACGAGACUUUGCCAAGCUCGUCCAGCCCAGCCUUUUCAAUUACGGAUUCUACCUCCCCACCGCCCUGCUCGUGUUCAUUCUCUGCCUGGUAUACAGCAUCCUGCCGGGCUCACACAUCGUCUUAGCCCUCGGCCUUUUCUAUUUUGCGCUUGGGUACUUGGUUUACAAGUAUCAGCUGCUGUACUCGAUGGACCAACCACAACAUGCCACGGGGGGUGCGUGGCCGAUGAUCUGUAAUCGCAUAAUCGUUGGGUUGGUUACCUUCCAACUCAUCAUGGUCGCUAUCCUGGUUCUCCGUGCCGCCUUCAUAGCCGCCUCAUUCAUUGCCCCGCUCAUCGUGUUGACGUUCUGGUAUAACGUCUAUUCUCAUCGGCGCUUUACACCGCUUACCCAGUUCAUCGCGCUGCGCAGCAUCAAGCGGACGUCCGACGCUGACUUGGAGACCCGCCCCGGUCGGGAUUCGAACCAAGCGCCAGGACAGAGGCGACUGACGAGACGGAUGAGCACCAUAGACGAAGAUAGGGAAAAGGGGAUGAGAUUCGUGAACCCGAGCCUUGUUGUUCCUCUCGAGCAACCGUGGAUCUACCAUGAUCCACCACCACUUAUCGACGAUUCAACUCCCGACUCUGGCUCGGUGACUACUAGCGGCAAUGAUAGUAGUAACGGCAGGGCGCCGUUAACGACGCCGUUAACGACGCCGCUGAGGGCUCACGGCGGAUUAGUCAGUGUUUCCAGUUCCUUCAGUCUCGGAGAUACCCAUAUUUGGCGGGACGACGGCGAUGGCAACGUAUAA